UACGGAGGGAACGGGAAGGAUGAUGACCAUUCCGAUCUUCCUGACAAGUCCAAAUUAUACGAAAGGAUGCAUGAGGGAUACAGUACCAAAGCUGUGAUGUCAAAGCAUAUGGGUUCCGACAUCUAUCCUCAAAAGAGCGCUUCUUUCGACGACCACGGCAACGCUCAGAUCACCCGUUCGAACACUCGAGAUGAUGGUGACGGCAGAUGGGAGGCUGCUCUUCCGAGGAGAAAUGAAGUCUCAAAAGAGAACUACAACAAUUUCAACAAAGUCUUGCCGGACAAUAAGAUCCAACCGCGCGACCAUGCAUAUGCGUCCACAACCUCGAAGCAUUGGAGGCCUGCUGAGCUGGAUAGAGACCACUCGGUCACUGGAGGUACCGUGCGGCGGACAAUCGAGAAGUAUCCGAAGGAUAAUUCCAGCUCC